GCCAGAGUGCGUCUCGGCGGCGCCGCCAUUUUGUGCUGUCCGACCGCUUUGCGCUGGUCCCUUUUCCCCUCAGCACCGCGGCGGCCCCAUGGCGGAGUGUCAGUCAGCAGCCGGGCCGGGCGAGCCCGCGCUCCUGGGCGGAGGGGUGGCUCCUGGCUCAGAGUCCGAGACCCGGCGGCUGAGCGAGCUGCGCGUGAUCGACCUGCGGGCCGAGCUCAAGCGCCGCAACCUGGACAGUGGCGGCAACAAGAGCGUCCUCAUGGAGCGGCUCCGCAAGGCCAUUGAGGAGGAAGGGGGAAAUCCUGAAGAGAUUCCAGUCGUUUCAGAGAUAACGGUCAAGAAAACUCCAAAAAGAAGCAGCAAAGGGCGCAAACCAGAGGAAGAGGGUGUUGAAGAUAAUGGACUGGAGGAGGAUUCUGGAGAUGGACAGGAGGAUAUUGAAGCAAGUUUGGAUAACUUGCAGGAUAUUGACAUGAUGGAUAUUAGUGUGUUAGAUGAAGCUGAAAUAGAUAAUGGCAGUGCUGUAGAUUGCGGAGAGGAUUACAGUGCUGAUAAUAUUCUUGACUCACUGUCUGAUAGUAAAGAAAAUGAUGAUGCAGAAAUGAAAGAACUUCCAGAUCAGCCUACAGAAUAUCCUGUAGGUAACUUGGAGGCAUCUCCGCAAUUAUCAGAAAUUAAAGAAGAAUCAAGAGAAAUACCAGUAGUGAUGGCAGAGAGUGAAGAUGUUGGGAACUGUUUAGAUGCUACUUCAUCUGAUUUGAUUAUUGUAAAGGAAAUUGAAGAACUGCCUUUGGAGCCAGAAAAUGAGAAAAUACUCGACAUUUUGGGGGAAACUUGUAAAUCUGAGCCACUUAACGAAGACAAUUCCGAAGUGGAGCAGCCAUUUGCACAGGAAGGAAGUAACGUGGUGCCAGGCAGAAAGCUAGCGGAGGAAGAGGACGCUCUUGCUGCCGCUGAGUCGGAGGAAGAGGCCUUAGCUUUGGACAGCAAAUCGGCCCCAGCGGUGGCAAGGAAGGAGGCAAAGCGUUUAGUUGUAGCGAAAGGGGAGACAAGUGAACAGACAAUAGAGGAAGAGAAACCGGAGGACUCUGAAUGUUUAGGAGUAGACCCCGUAAGCGAUCAGAGUAGCAAAGCCUCCCAAGGCCCGGAAGCCUCUAGUGGGGAAACAGCGGAUACAGGCGCGGGUGCCGAAACCAAAGAUAGUAAAGAAGAUGCCAAGAAACCCGAAGACAAAGCUAAUGCUGAAGACUCAUCCGCUACUAAAGAGUCCUCUACCAAUGAGGGCGGUGAUCAGAAAAAGAGCUCUAUUGAGGAUGCAGAGACAAAGACAGUCUCAAAAGAUGAGAAAGGUCGUGCAAGUAGCAGUUCUGGUAGAAAUUUGUGGGUUAGUGGACUUUCCUCUUCUACCAGAGCUACGGACUUGAAGAACCUUUUCAGCAAGUAUGGAAAGGUGGUUGGUGCAAAAGUAGUAACUAACGCUCGCAGUCCUGGUGCUCGCUGUUACGGUUUUGUUACAAUGUCCACAUCUGAGGAAGCAACUAAAUGUAUUAGUCACCUCCACAGAACAGAGCUACAUGGAAAAAUGAUCUCUGUAGAAAAAGCAAAAAAUGAACCAGCUGGGAAAAAACCUUUAGACAAAAAAGAAAAUGAAGUAAAGAAGGAAAAAGACAGACACCAUUCUACAGAUUCCAAGUCUGAAAAGUCUGUCAAUAUUAAAAAGGAUGAGAAGACCGACAAGAAAGAUGAUGCUAAGAAAAUGGAAAAAGAUGGCAAAGAUGAAAAAGAAGGAAAAGAGAAAGAUGAACAGAAAGCAGGAGUCACGGAUCGCUCAAGGAUAAGCAAAUCAGGAAGUCGAGGAACUGAAAGGACAGUGGUGAUGGAUAAAUCCAAAGGAGAACCAGUUAUUAGUGUGAAAACUUCUACUACAUCAAAAGAAAGAAGCACUAAGAGCCAGGACCGCAAAUCGGAGAGCAAAGAGAAACAAGAUAUCUUGUCAUUUGAUAAAAUCAAAGAACAGCGAGAACGUGAACGCCAGCGACAGAGAGAACGAGAAAUCAGAGAAACAGAAAGACGACGGCGAGAGCAAGAACGGCGAGAGAGAGCACAACGUCUUCAAGCCAUUCAUGAACGGGAUGAAAGACAGAGGCUCCAGAGAGAGCGGGAGCGACUUGAAUUUCAAAGGCAACGUCUUGACAGGGAACGUAUGGAGAGGGAGAGACUGGAAAGAGAGAGGAUGCAUAUAGAGCAAGAGAGGAGAAGAGAACAGGAGCGCAUUCAACGGGAGAGAGAGGAGCUGCGGCGCCAGCAAGAACAACUGCGCUACGAACAAGAGCGGCGGUCUGCACUGAGACGACCAUAUGACCCUGAUGGAAGGCGGGAUGAUCCGUAUUGGCCAGAGGCGAAACGAAUGGCGAUGGAUGAUAGAUACCACUCUGACUUCAGCCGCCAAGAGCGCUUCCAUGAUUUUGACCACAGGGAACGUGGCCGUUACCAAGACCAUUCUAUAGACAGGAGAGAAGGUUCAAGGGGAAUACCAGAUAGAGAUUCACAGCAUUAUCCAGAUGAGCGGCAUGGAGGACCAGACCGCCAUUCAAGGGAUGCACGAGACAGUUGGGGCAGCUACGGGUCUGACAGAAGAAUGAGCGAAGGGAGAGGGAUCCCCCCACAGUCCCGAGAUGGACGUGACUGGGGAGAUCAUGGUCGAAAGUUAGAGGGGCAUCAAGAUCGUUCAUGGCAGGGAAAUGUGGAUGGAGGAAUGAUGGGACGGGAUCAUGAGAGAUGGCAAGGUGGUGAAAGAGGUAUGCCUGGUCAGUCAGGACCAGGCCAUGUGAUGAAUCGAGGAGGAAUGUCAGGGCGUGGGGGCUUCAUUCAGGGUGGAAACCAGAACCAGAUGAUGCAGAGUAGUGGAAUGCAAGGGUUCGCAGGGCAGGACAGAGCAAACAGACCCAACGAUCCACGCUUCACCCGCCGCUACUGAAAAUUUUAAUUUUCUUUGAAUGCAAGAUGGCGACAGUGGUGAAUUCUGUUACCCAGGGUCACCGUCAAUUUAUGUAAUUAAAGAAAUUGCUGCCAUAUUGUAGCUGAAAUAUUAUGUGAACUCAUUUGUUUGUUCAGCUUUUUUUUGUAAUAAAUGUGUUCUUGUUCCAACACCACUUAAGUUUCUGUUAAUGAAACAUUCCAUUUUUCAUAAAUAAUAAAACCAGUUUACAGCUAA